UUUUGGGUCUGUAACAAAUUAUCUUCUAUAUAUAAUUAGACCAUACCCAAACCAUUUAAAAGUAGGCAAAAGGGGGAGACCUUGAGAACACAAAAAGAUCAGCAUCACAAGUAGAAUGGCGAAAAUGUUGGUUAUAGCAGCAGCAAUUAUGAUGGUGAUUAAAGGCAUUGCUGCAGAGAAAAUUGUUGUAGGAGAUGCCAUUGGGUGGAAAGUACCUCCUACACCUGAAUUUUAUUCCUCUUGGGCUGCCCAACACAAGUUUUCUGUUGGUGACACUCUAGGUAAUCACUCUUUUUUUUUUUCAAUUAUUGUUCUUUUUCCGUUCCAACAUACUUACAAGAAAAGAACAACUACAAAUACGAAGCAAGGAAAGAGAAGUAGGGAAAUUUUGAUCUUUUUCUGGGAGAUUUGGGCUAAGGAUUCCAAAGCAACAUUAAUUUACGUGGUUGUAGAAUUUCAAAUUUUAGCAUCCCACACAGUGGCCGUAGUAUCAAAAGAUGGUUAUGAUAAUUGUAAUGCUGGAGAUUCGAAAGCUCACACAGAAAAGCCAACGGAAAUAAUUCUUGACAGAACUCGCACAUUCUACUUCAUAUGUACAGCUGAUAGUCAUUGUGCCAACGGUCAGAAACUGGCCAUCAACGUUACUGAGACAAUUGCUCCACCACCUUCUCACAAUGGCUCUUCCUCACCAUUGCCUCUCACUUUCGCCUUUUCCAUUUCUUUUAUUAUCGCCAUUGUUGUAGCUUUGCUAUCUUAUUAAUCAUUGCAAUUUCUUUGUUCUAUUAUUAAUGUUGAAUACUAAGGUUAUAUUACACUAUUGAAUUCGUGUAUCAUACUGUUUGUGAAUUAUCAUAAUAAUAUUUGGAUAAUGAAAUGUUGUAAAUUUUUGGAUUUGUUACUACUAUGGUGUUAUUCACCAUUAGCGUUGGUAUGUUUGGAAAGUUGGAAAUCAUUUUUAAUUGCUGAA